UCCGGCGGAAAGUUCAGAAAAGAAGCUUUUACCAGGCGGGAACAAAGGCCUACGUUUUUCCCAGAUCCCAUUUCUGUCAUCACCCGCUCUCGAAAAAUACACCAAAACUCGUUCCGAGUCACGACUCACCGAUUUCGACCCGACGGAGAAAAGAGGCGAGCGACGGAGAUUCGCCAUGAAAUAUCGGGCUUCCUUCAGCCUCUUCACCACAUUCGUUCUUCUCCUCUUCCUUUUCUUCAUCAGACUCCAUUACGAGCACACCAAGAUCGAAAGUCAGUGGCGGCCUCUCACCUCAACAAACGCAAGUGAUUAUCACUACCUAUAUUGGAAUUUAUUUUUAUUUUUUUAAUGUCGAUUCUUUGAUUGGUUUAAUGGCUGUUUCAGAUCGACAGUCAACGGCGGCCUCUCCUCUCAACAAACGUAAGUGAUUAUCACUAGCUAUAUUGGAAUUUAUUUUUAUUUUUUUAAAUGUCGAUUCUUCGAUCGUUUUAAUGGCUGUUUUCAGAUCGACAGUCAGCGGCAGCCUCUUACCUCAACAAAUAUUGACAGUCAGCGGCGGCCUCUCACCUCAACCAAUAAUCCGGACUAUAAUCGGCUUGAAUUAUCGGGUUCGCUACCUCGUGGGAUAGUGGAAUCAACCUCUGAUAUGGAACUGAAACCUUUGUGGGAGAACCCAAGGUUAAAAGGUAGUAGUGAGACUUACACUGCUCUCUUGGCAAUACCUGUCGGCAUUAAGCAAAAGAAAAAUGUGGACAUAGUGGUUAGGAAGUUUCUUUCAGAGAACUGCUCUGUUAUUCUUUUUCAUUAUGAUGGGAAAGUGGACGGAUGGCGUGAUCUUGUAUGGAGUGACAAGGCCAUACAUAUAGUUGCUCUCAACCAAACAAAGUGGUGGUUUGCUAAGCGAUUUUUACAUCCAGAUGUUGUGGAUAUUUAUGACUAUAUCUUUCUAUGGGAUGAAGAUUUAGGAGUGGAGAAUUUUCAUGCUGGGAGGUAUUUGAGAAUAAUGAUUUCUGAAGGUUUAGAGAUUUCACAGCCUGCUUUGGAUCCGCGUCGAUCCGAAAUUCAUCAUCGCAUUACUGUACGCAAUAGAACGGGGAAGGUUCACAGGCGAGUGUACGGUUUUCAUGGGAGUUUGAAUUGCUCAGAUGAUAGUAGAGGGCCUCCAUGCACUGGAUGGGUGGAAGGGAUGGCACCUGUGUUUUCUCGAGCCGCCUGGCGUUGUGUGUGGCAUCUCAUCCAGAACGAUCUGAUACAUGGAUGGGGCUUGGACAUGAAACUUGGAUAUUGUGCUCAGGGGGAUCGGACAAAGAAAAUUGGUGUGAUUGAUAGUGAAUUCAUUAUUCAUCAGGGGAUACCAUCUUUGGGAGGAUCAUCUGCAGAUAAGCCUUCUCGUCGUGGUUCUCAUCGUGGUUCUCGUCAUAGUGCUCGUCGUGGUUCUCGUCGUGGUUCUUCAGAACGUGCAGCUGUGAAGGCACAAAACGACAGAUCCAUCGAUUCAAGAUCCCAUGUAAGGAGACAGUCAACAGUGGAGCUUGAAAUGUUCCGGCAGCGGUGGGAUCGAGCUGUGAGGGAAGAUGAGGAUUGGAUUGAUCCCUUCAAACACAUGAGAAGGAAUAGGGCGGCGACAUGAAGUAUAUAGCUUUCACAUAUUAUUCAAGUUUUGCAGGGAAUCAUUUCCCAUCAAUUUUUUAAUUCUUUUAUGAAAUGCGAUUUCCGUGCUGUGUUUCAUCCUGCCCUUGGAUCGAUGGUUUCGCCUUCGUAGCUCAAUGGCCAAGCCUGACUUGCAAAGCAUUUGGUGGAUAUUUCAGCUGUUUUUUUUUUCUUUGUAGUAGGAUGCUCGCCUACUUGUACUAUUAUUGCCAGAUAUUAAAGAGAGAUCAGAUCUGAUACAUAUUCACGAUGUGGGGGCUUUUGAUUUUGUUGUUCUUUUAGUUGGUUUUUUUUUUUCCUUUUCCCAUUGUUUUAUAGGCCUGUUGACGUUUGUCUGGUUGCAUAGUGAUGGACGAUCCGGAGGUUUUGGUUUCCCUUUAAAUGCAGCAGAGCUACAGGAACAAAGAAAAAACAAGAAAAAAAAUAAAAUAAAAGAAGCUGGUUAAAGCAUUUACUGAA